CCGGCGAGAACCUGACUUCUCUCUGAAAUAUACUCCUAUUAAUAUCUCGAAAUAUGUUUUUCACUAAACUUGCGCCUGAUAUAGCCAGAUUUCUGUUAGGAAUAUUUUACUAUCUUCUUCCUCAUAUUGCUUAUCAACCGGAAGUGUCUAAUAAUUUUAAUACUGAAUACGAUUAUAUUGUUGUUGGUGCCGGAUCUGCUGGUUCAGUACUUGCUUCUCGUCUAUCUGAAGAUCCUUGUGUGAAAGUUUUAUUGCUGGAGGCCGGUGGUCAUGUAGGCUCCGUAACAGAAAUACCAGCAGCUGCUUUUCUAGGCCAGAUGACGGAUUAUGACUGGCAGUACUUAUCAGCACCACAGAAAAGAGCCGGAGGUGGAUAUCCAAACAGGCAAUUCCCAAUACCCAGAGGAAAAGGUCUAGGUGGUUCUAGCCUCCUCAACUGCAUGUUAUACGUGAGAGGUAAUAAGAGAGAUUACAAUCAAUGGGCUGAAAAUGGAGCAACAGGCUGGUCAUGGAAAGAUGUCUAUCCAUAUUUUCUGAAAGCAGAAAAUAAUACUUCACCUCAAAUAGCAAACAAUGGCUAUCAUUCAACAAACGGCUACUUAACCGUGGGCACUCCACCAGAAACCAAUACCUUGAAAGAAACUUUUGCAGCGGCAGCUCCAGAAGUGGGUUAUGAAUAUAUAGAUAUUAAUGGAGAGAAACAAGCAGGUUUCGCAAAAGUUCAAGGAACAAUAAGACAAGGCAGGAGAUGUAGCACUGCUAAAGCUUACCUUAUACCUGCCGAGAACAGAGACAAUUUGGAUAUUGUCAACAAAGCUUUUGUUCAAAAGAUUCUUAUUAAUGAAAAUAAAGAGGCUUACGGAGUCCGAUUUGAAAAAGGUGGUAAAGUUUAUGACGUAAGCGCCCGAAAAGAAGUUCUCUUGAGUGGAGGAUCCAUCAAUUCUCCACAGAUUCUCAUGCUUUCAGGAAUUGGACCAAAAGAACAUUUGGAGGAUUUGGGGAUCAAAGUUAUUGCUGAUCUACCAGUUGGUAAUAACUUGCAAGAUCAUGUUGGAAAUGUAAUGCUGAAUUUUGAAGCCAAAAACGCAGAGCCUAUCUUUUUACUGGAGGGUAUCUUGCCUAGCAGUUUAAUAAAAUAUAUACUACAUGGAACAGGCCCAGACACAAGUCUCUCUGGCGUCGAAGGAAUGGCUUUUCUCAAUACUAAGUACAAUGAUCCGAAACUGGAUUGGCCUGACGUAGAAAUUCAUUUAGUUUCUGGUUCACCAGCAACUGAUUAUACUCAAGCCUUCAGAUUAAGCGUUGGAAUGCCUGAUGUGGUAUAUGAUAAAGUAUACAAACCUUACCUUGGAAGGAAUAGUUUCACAUUCUUCCCUGUUCUUCUGAGACCUAAAAGCAGAGGAACUGUUCGACUAAAGUCAGACAAUCCGCAUGAAUAUCCUUUGAUUGAUUUUAAUCUGUUUGAGCACAAAGAAGAUCUCGAUAAAGUGGUUGAUAUUAUGAAGCAAUGCAUAAACCUCGUGACAAAUACAACUGCUUUUAAGAAAAUAGGAGCUGAGAUGUUCACAAUUAAGGUGCCUGGUUGUGAGAAGUACGAAAUUUAUUCUGACGACUACCUCAGAUGCGUCGCCAGUGAUUACCCCUUCAACGUCUAUCAUCCUUCUGGAACUUGCAAAAUGGGCGAUGCCAAUGACGAGACAACUGUUGUGGAUCCCGAAUUAAAGGUAAAGGGCGUCAAAAAUCUUCGUGUAGUGGACGGAUCCAUCAUGCCUACUGUUCCCUCUGGAAAUACGAAUGCUCCCAUCAUCAUGAUAGCUGAAAAGAUGUCUGAUAUGAUUAAAAAUGACAAUCUUGACAGAAAGAACUGCACCAUGGGAGACAAUACCAAAAUAAAGAGGCAUCUAUAGAAAGUAAAAUAACAUUAAGAAGCUAUUUUAUAUUUUUUUUUUUUUAAAAA